AUGUCAAUUCCGGGUCUGGGUCAGUAUACGACACAGCCCACCGCAUCUACCUCGCGCACUAUUACCUUGCGCCCGUUCUGGGAAUGGCGCUUCGAUCUCCCUCAUAACAACAGCAGCGUCUCUGUACGCCUAGUCAAUGGAACUGCCGAGCGCGAUGGAACCGAGCUUGCCCUCAACCAUACCUACACCUUCUCACGUACCAAGUCUAAGAUUCUUACAUAUUCGGGUUGUACUCUGGAAAUCAGCGGUCAAUGCAAUGAUCAUGUUGCUCAAUAUGCGACACCGGAAGAAUCCCCAGCGUUGGCGCAUCUAAACCUACAUUUCGCGUUACAGACACAGAGGACUGCUGCUACAAGUCAGCUCAAGAACGGCGGAAAUGCCAUAAACAAUGAUACUAGUCUGGGACGGGGCCCUCGAGUAAUGGUGUGCGGCCCGGCCAGCAGCGGCAAAACGACCCUAGUGCGGACCCUUGCGGCAUUGGCUACGCGUACCGGGGCACAACCGCUCGUCGCAAAUGUUGACCCGAGGGAGGGCUUGCUCUCUCUGCCUGGAACGAUGAGCGCAGCUGUGUUUGGCACGAUCAUGGACAUUGAAGAGCCAGCCUGCGGAUUUGGCGUUUCAAGCACCCCCAGCACAGGUCCAAGCUUGGUUCCGGUGAAACUACCCAUGGUUUAUUAUUUCGGAAGAGAAAAGGCCGAUGAGGACCUGCCAUUAUGGAAGGAUCUUGCAGCAAAGCUGGCGAGCUCGGUGAGGGCCAAGUUCGCGACAGAUGACGCUGUCAGAUCGGCAGGUCUGCUGUUAGACACUCCGGGCGUCGAAACGGGGAAAGAUGACUUGGAAAUGCUGCAGCAUGCCAUUGCCGAGUUUGCAAUCAACGUUGUGGUGGUUAUUGGAUCUGCGGAACUCCACACGCAGCUACAACGCGAGCUUGGAAAUCAGAAGGCGCCGCAUGGCGAGCCAAUUACUGUUCUUUUCCUAGAAAAGUCGCAGGGAGUGGUAACUAGAGAUAAGGACUUUAUGAGAUCUAGUCAGAACGCGGCCAUAAAGGAGUACUUCUUUGGUGAUUCGAAGAGGACUUUAAGCCCAGCGACACAAUCCAUUAGUUUUAAUGACGUGGCCAUCUUUCGGGCCACGGAAGAUGCUGAUUUCUAUGAUGGUCAACAAACUCUUGAACCCGCCGAGAUCUCCGCAGAGAUGUCACACUGGACGCUUGCGGUCAUGAAUGCAUCCGUUAACGAUCCGCCGGAGACGAUUCGGCAGGCCCCAGUAAUGGGUCAGUGGAAGACUUGGUAA